AUGAUUGCAAAGAAAUUCCAUGUUACUAGGGCUGAGGAGCCUCGGCGACGCAAACGUUCUAUCGCUCCCCAACAAAAGCAACAUCAAUCAUACAGCCGCUACAAUCCUUACUUAGAAGGUGAACCUUUAAAUUCUGUCUCAAAGAAGGAUGGACGGAAAGUAAUGCAAAUGUGA